AUGUGCACACUCUGAUUAGAUUGUUCUGGUCUUUCACAGUGAAAAGCAACUUUUUGCGUUGCGCGGUUCUUACGACGUUACGUUCACGUUUUUCUUGCGAGUGGUGUGUGAUUGCAAAUUGCAAGCAAAAUAAUAAAUUUUGCAAAAAUAAAACCUGAAUUAAAACAUCUCCCGUGACUACAAGCAUUCGCUGUCAACAACAGAAAAAUGUUCCGUUUACCCGUAACCCUAGCCCGCUCUAGCAUUGCCCGCCAAUUGGCUGUACGCGGCUAUGCCAAAGAUGUUAAAUUCGGUCCCGAAGUUCGUGCAUUGAUGUUGCAAGGUGUUGAUGUUCUUGCCGAUGCUGUUGCAGUUACAAUGGGUCCCAAGGGCCGCAAUGUUAUCAUCGAACAAUCGUGGGGCUCACCAAAAAUCACCAAGGAUGGCGUCACCGUUGCCAAAUCCAUUGAAUUGAAAGACAAAUUCCAAAAUAUUGGUGCCAAAUUGGUUCAAGAUGUUGCAAAUAACACAAACGAAGAGGCUGGUGAUGGCACCACCACAGCCACCGUUUUGGCUCGUGCCAUUGCCAAAGAGGGUUUUGAGAAGAUCUCAAAGGGAGCCAAUCCCGUUGAAAUUCGUCGUGGUGUUAUGAUCGCUGUUGAAACUGUCAAGGAUAACUUGAAGGCCAUGUCACGUCCCGUCAGCACCCCCGAGGAAAUCGCACAGGUAGCUACCAUUUCUGCCAACGGUGAUAAAGCUAUUGGCGAUUUGAUUAGUGAAGCCAUGAAGAAGGUGGGACGUGAUGGUGUCAUCACCGUCAAGGAUGGCAAGACAUUGACCGAUGAGUUGGAGGUCAUUGAAGGUAUGAAAUUCGAUAGAGGUUACAUUUCUCCCUACUUCAUCAACUCGUCAAAGGGUGCUAAAGUUGAAUUCCAAGACGCUUUGAUUUUGUUGUCCGAAAAGAAAAUCUCCUCAGUGCAAAGCAUUAUCCCCGCCCUUGAAAUGGCCAAUCAACAACGCAAACCUUUGGUUAUUGUUGCCGAAGACAUCGAUGGUGAGGCCUUGAGCACCUUGGUGGUAAAUCGUUUGAAAAUCGGUCUUCAAGUUGCUGCUGUUAAGGCUCCCGGUUUUGGUGAUAACCGCAAAUCUACUCUCACCGAUAUGGCUAUUGCUUCCGGUGGUAUUGUCUUUGGUGAUGAUGCCAAUCUUGUGAAAUUGGAAGAUGUCACUCUCAGUGAUCUGGGCAAAGUAGGCGAAGUUGUCAUUACCAAGGAUGACACUUUGUUGUUGAAGGGCAAAGGCAAGAAGGAAGACAUUGAUCGCCGUGUUGAGCAAAUCAAGGAUCAAAUUGCCGAAACCACAUCGGAAUAUGAGAAGGAGAAAUUGCAAGAACGCUUGGCUCGUUUGGCCUCCGGUGUAGCCUUGUUGCGUGUCGGUGGUUCCAGUGAAGUGGAAGUGAACGAGAAGAAGGAUCGCGUGCACGACGCUUUAAAUGCUACCCGCGCUGCUGUUGAGGAAGGUAUUGUGCCCGGUGGUGGCACCGCUCUCUUGCGUUGCAUUUCCAAAUUGGAUGGCCUCAAGGGACAAAACGAAGAUCAGAACAUGGGUAUCCAGAUUGUGCGUAGCGCCUUGCGCAUGCCCUGCAUGACCAUUGCCAAAAACGCUGGCGUUGACGCUGCCAUGGUUGUGGCCAAGGUAGAAAGUCAAGAAGGCGAUUUCGGCUACGAUGCCUUAAAGGGUGAAUAUGGUAACCUGAUCGAAAAGGGUAUCAUCGAUCCUACCAAGGUGGUGCGCACAGCCAUUACAGACGCCUCGGGAGUUGCCUCCUUGCUGACCACAGCUGAGGCCGUUGUCACAGAAUUGCCCAAGGAAGAUGCCCCCGCUGGUAUGGGCGGUAUGGGUGGCAUGGGAGGAAUGGGUGGCAUGGGCGGCAUGGGUGGCAUGAUGUAAAUUAGUGUUAUACAAUCCAUUCUGGUAUCUUUUAAUAAUUUGUACGUAGUACUACUAUAUUCUACUUUACUUUUAAUUUUAACAUUUAUUAUAAAAUAAUUGUUUUUUUAUGCUUAUUUUUUACAUGUUAUAUAUGUAAAUGAAUACAGAAAUCCAAAAUACAAAUUAAUUCAUGUUAGUUAUACAAAAAAAAAAUGAGAAAAAGAAAACAAACUGAAGAAA